UCUGAAUGUUCACUAAGGCAUAGAGUUUUUUUAAAAAAAAAUCAAAUCAAACUUGUCCUCAAUAAUUGUCUAAUGAAAAGGUUUAGAAUAAAUUCCAUAUUACAAUGAUCAGUAGUAGCACAUGAGGUUAAUUAUGAAAAUGAAGCAUUUAUGCAGCACUCAUUUCUUCUGGGCAUAUUUCCAUGGAGUAUUUAUCUUCUCAGAAGAUCUCAUAGUUUCGGGCUAUAACUAAAAGAGACAAAGACUGAACAGCUGCUCCAGUUAGCAUUGGUGAUUUUAAAAGUUUCUGGUCAAUCAAGAUUUCUGCCCACCAAUGAAAUAAAACGUGCAAUUGCAAGCAGGUUUGUGACUAGACCUGAACUGAAAGGUUUAUUCAUGUGGACAAAAAAAGAAAAGGUAAUCAAAAAGAUGAAUCCUCGAUAUAAGAUGACACAGAAUUCAACUUCUGUCACUGAAUUUAUACUCCUGGGACUCUCCAGUGACCCUCAGGUUCAACUCAUUCUCUUUAGUGUCUUUCUUAUUAUUUAUCUGAUGGCUGUGGUUGGAAAUAUAUUUAUAUUUCUUAUUGUCAGCUUAGAUGUCAGACUCCAUAAUCCCAUGUACUUCUUCCUAUGCAAUCUUUCUGUAGUAGAUAUUGGCUACACAACUUCCACUGUUCCGAAGAUGUUGAUGAAUUAUCUCUCUAAUGACAAUCGAAUCUCUUUCUCAGGCUGCUUGUCCCAGAUGUACUUCUUCAUCUGCUUUGGUGGCACAGAGUGUGUUUUGUUAGGCAUCAUGGCAUAUGACCGAUAUGCAGCUAUUUGCCACCCAUUGCAUUAUGGUAUACUCAUGCGGCCUAAAGUGUGCAUUUGGCUUGCAGUAACUGCUUGGAUUCUUGGCUUGUCAAAUUCAGCUAUCCACACUGGCCUUAUGAUCUUUCUGUCCUUCUGCCAGGAUAAUGUCAUAGAACAUUUUUUCUGUGACAUCCCUCCUCUCUUCCAACUGUCCUGCACUGAUACUCAGAUCAAUCAAAUUGCUACUUUUGUAUUUGGAGGAGGUAUAAUUAUGGGUUCCUUCCUGAUGAUUCUGUUGUCCUAUGUAUACAUAGCCUUAGCAAUAUUUAGGAUUGGGAUUAAGGGUGGACGUCGCAAAGCAUUUUCCACCUGUGCCUCUCACCUGGCUGUAGUGAACAUCUACUUUGGCACUAUCAUCUUCACUUACAUGCGCCCUAAUUCCACUUACUCUCAAGAGCAAGAUCAUGCUUUACCAGUGCUCUAUGGAAUUAUAACACCUAUGCUUAAUCCAAUCAUCUACAGUUUAAGAAACAGGGAUGUGCAACAGGCAUUUCAUAAAAUAAUUCAAGGAAAUUAGGGGAGAGGUUUGGGCAUUAAAUGUCCAAUGUUUUCCAAAACCUUUUAAAAAUUAAUUUUAAGGCUGGAUUGGACAUUGUUGUAAUCAUAAUGAAUUUGACUGUUUUGAUUUUGAUGAACAAAUCAUCACUACAAUUUUGCAGAACCUAAUACGUGAUGUUAGACAAUGUACCAAAAUAUUCAAUCUUCUUCUUAAUUAUUUAACUUCUGAAUUAUGAAGAAUCAGAAUUUAGGGAUAAUGUGUUGAAGGACUUUAUUGGCCUUGUGGGCUGGACUGACUAUUCUGUCCAGGUGUUCUUAGCCUCAUCAUGAACAUAAUAAAUUUGGUAAGGCCAACUGAAUUCUAAUGAAAUUCUAGUGAAAUUAACUAUGGUUAAUUAAUUAUGAAAAAUAAUUUUGUUAAUCCAGAGCUCUAACAGAACAUGGCUAUGGUUCUAAGAUCUCUAUGAUUGGUUUUUUUGUGGACAAAAAAUCUUUUCCCUGAAGUUUAUUGCAUUUUAUGCAUAUAUUUGAAAGUUCUACUACAUG